UUUAUAUAUUUUUCUAUAAUAUUUAUGUUGCAUUUUGUUUUUGUAUGUCAUUUAUUUGAUAGUUAUGUAUACAUUAUUUUAUUUUAAAUGGAAGAAAAACCUGUUUUGACCUCAAAAUAAAGCACUUUCCCUCUGUACAUGGCUGUGGGGAUGCAUCGGGCGGUUCUUAGCCUCCACGUCGUGCAUUCAAAUCGUUUAAUGCACAGCUAGCCGUUGAUUAUCCCUUACAUAUAUAAAUUGUAACCAAGUGUUUUUCAAGUGUAAUAUUUCUGUAAAGGCUAGGGACAGAAAAAUUGACAUUUCCAUAGAAUGACCCCUAUAUAUUUUAGGCUAUAAAUAUGUGGCUAUGUUACAGCUCCCCUUUGAAGAUCUUGUGCUUUUCUCCUUUUUCAUCUCUCCAGUCCUAUUCUGCUCACAGGUGAUUGGAGACGAGUUUUGUUUCCACUUUUGUUGCAGUUUGCAAUUAAAACAAAAUAGCUUCUGUUUUUGCUUUUCAGAUGGUUUCAGUGUAAUAUGUUGCAGGCUCAAUUAUUGGUAAUAAAUAAUUGAUAAUAAAUAAUAUUGAUGAUAAUAAAUCAUUGAAAAAAAAAAAGGGUUUUGUUUUGGGCUUGUUUUUGAAGCUGCGGUUGCUUAUUUGUCUUGCGAGAGUCGGCAACUGCGAAGCCUAUAUUUAUUGCAGGGUAGGCUAUUAUUCAAACCGGACAAUGAACCGUUCGACCACCGAAUCCAGUCCGCCAUAAUAUAGAAGUGCGCAUCAUUGAUCAUUGUUCUCGCUAAAAAAAAAAAAAAAAACAUGAGAUCUGCACUUCUGAAGUUUAGUUUAAAUGUGAAUUAGCACUCCUCGCUGUCAAAAACAUUGCAUGUCACAGGAAAAGUGAUUAAGCGCAUACACUAUCUAAAUUCAUAUAAUUUUGGUGUAACUUAACUGCGUAAUGACUUCAUGUUAUUUCAGUGCUUAUCUCCAUUAAUGAGAGUGGAAUAUAAUAUAAAUGUGUAUAUCGAAAUGAAAACAGAGUUUAAAAUCCUUCAUUACUUUUCUUACUCCAGGAAAAAGAGUGCCUACGCACAGUCAAGAGCAUCCGUACGGUGCGCACAUAUUUACGCCAAGUUUAUUUUUUGUAAAUCCAGACACAUGCGUGGGAAACAGCGUACGCGCAUUUCUAUGCCCAUUUUGUGCGUACGCAACCAGUACGCAACGUGCAUUUGUUGACGUCACGUACGUCUGAUGUUAUCUGUAGCGUGCAUGCGGAAGCGUGUAUACUCAGUUAUUGAGACAUGCUUAAAUGAAAUAUAUUAAAAUAAAACAUAUAACGUUAUUGAUAAUAUUGGGGCACCAUGAUCAGUUGCAGCUUCAUCUGUGUAUUUGCAGUGCUGAUCAAUAAAGUGUGUCUGCAGGUCACAGUAGAGGCUGUUUUCGGUGGUUCUGUUGUCCUGCCGUGUUCUUCAGCUGAACAUGAUCUUAAACUUCAAGACGUUGAUGUGAGCUGGAGACACAAUGGCAGCAAAAGUGUGUGUGAUUUAAUUCCACACAGUAAUUCAAUAGAGACACAGGACCCACGAUAUAGGAACAGAGCUGAAACUUUCCCUGAGGAGUAUGAACAAAGAAACUUCUCCAUCAAACUCUCUGGUCUCACUCACGCUGAUGCUGGAAAAUACAUCUGCUACAUCACCCCCUCAGAUGAACAGAAGACAGUAGAGCUGAUCAUCAACGACUUGUUUGUUGCAGAAACAACAACAGAAAAAGGAAACAAAACCACUGAUCAAGAAACCAGACCAGACCGUGUCGAGAAAUCGUGGCUUUGGAUCCCGGUUGUCAUUCUAUUAACCAUAAUACUGGGUUUACUUUUCUUUCUAAUUAUCUUUAGAAAAAAGAUCCCAAGCUGCCUUAUGUCAGGUGAACAUGGCCUGGGUUCAGACGCUCAUGAGGUUGUGAGCCCUGUUCCAUGUUAUAAAUCGGUAACUGCUGAUGAUCGUGAUGAAGCAGGUAAAGCAGGUGAAUGACACAGAUGUGCAGCUUGGCGCUCUGGCAGCAGUUGCAUGAGCUUUCACCUUACACAAGGAGUCAGAGGAGGAAGUUGCUUUCGUUGUUGCUGCGACAGUGAGUGUGUUACGGUAUUUUCCUUAUCUGCACACUUUAAGGCUACCUAGCAGUCUAGAGUGACUUGGUCAUAAAAAUUAUUGUAAGCUCACAAGGUACUCAUUAUAGAGAGAGCAAUUGUUUUACAGCUGUUGGGAUGAAUUUUGUUGGGAAACUGAAUACUGAACCAUUAUUUUUCUGUGUGUGUUUCAUAUCUGUAAAUUAUGACAAGAAGGUCAGGCUAUCACAAUAUGCAGUUGACUAUCAUAGGAGCUUGAAGCCACAACAGAUGAAUCUUGAACCGAAAAGAGUUUUCAAACAAAAUGACAUGCAGUACCCGUAGUAAAACAAGAAUCCAUAUUGUUUGGCUUUCUAGAAAUAUGCUUCAUUUGCAUAACAUCACAUUUGACAAGGUUCACAAAUCAGUGUGUAUGUUGGUAUCAUUGCCAGUCUAUGCUAUGCUAAUCUUCUUGCCUUUAAAUAGCCUACUGUUAAGUCAAAACAACACUGACACUGGUACUUACCCGUUCAUAACAAUUUAAAAAAAUUUGUCUUUCAUUUGUUAUUUAUUUAUUUAUUUUUUGGAGUGUUUGAUGUUUUGAUGUCAUUAGCGUCAUUCGCACUGAUAAAGGAUCACCUGUAACCAAAGGCUCAAUAUGUAAAAAAAAAAUCAUACUUUGGUAAAUCAUAAUUGAGAUUAAAAAAUUGAAACUAGGAGGUAAAAGGUAAUUUAUAGUCCAAAUUGAGAUUUAAAAAAAAAACAACACUUUAAGUAAGAGCUUAAUGCUGAAAAAACUGAACUAUGUCUAUAUUUUUAUAACUAUAUAUAUUUUAUAAAUGUAUAACUAUAUUUUUUUUCAAUUUUGACCUUUUGUCAUAAUUUUGAGUUUGUCAUAAUUGUGAUAUGAUAGUUUUUUUUUUUUUUUUUUUUGAACGUAUGGUGUAAAUUCUUCUGUAGUUCAGUGAUGCAGCUCAAACCAUUCAUCCGUGCAUAAUAACGGAGCCAAAGCACAAUACACAUAAUUACCAAAAAAUUAAUGUUUCUCCACAAGUGCUAUGCCGUAAAUUCUUAUCAAAAGUUACAUAUUGCAGCUUUAAUAACCAUUUUUAUAUUUUGUACUGUUUUAUUACUUAUCACUUAUGUAAAGUGCUUUUAAACACCAGUGUAUAUGAAAUGUGCUAGGAAAGUAGUUUUUUUUUACAGCUUUCUGGUGCAAAAUACACUUGUGCUGUUAUAUUCUUGCCUUAUGCACUUCAUUCUUAUUGAAUAACAGAUGAGGUCUUGAAACAUGGGAACAAGAACAUUUUUGGCUAAAGUUAAAGGAAAAUUAGCCUGUCGAUAUGUUGCUGCCUUAACCGUUUUGUACUGCAAGUGUGUACAUUUUAAUUAAGACAUUUAGCAUUGGACCAUAUGUUAGUGAACCUAUUCAUACUGAAAAUGUUUUAUUUUGUUAAAAUCUACUUCAAUAUUCUCAGGUAUUUACAUAAUUGUGUUUCAUUGUAAUGCAUACUGAUUGUAAACUUUAAGACCAAAUAAAAUGUUUAAAUGAAAUGGCA